AUGACUCCUCCUCCACAGACACCUAAACUUCUCCACAGACGCCAGAAUGACUCCUCUCCAGUAGCCGUCGGAACCAAAAUGACUCCUCCUCCACAGACACCUAAACUUCUCCACAGACGCCAGAAUGACUCCUCUCCAGUAGCCGUCGGAACCAAAAUGACUCCUCCUCCACAGACACCUAAACUUCUCCACAGACGCCAGAAUGACUCCUCUCCAGUAGCCGUCGGAACCAAAAUGACUCCUCCACAGACACCUAAACUUCUCCACAGACGCCAGAAUGACUCCUCUCCAGUAGCCGUCGGAACCAAAAUGACUCCUCCUCCACAGACACCUAAACUUCUCCACAGACGCCAGAAUGACUCCUCUCCAGUAGCCGUCGGAACCAAAAUGACUCCUCCUCCACAGACACCUAAACUUCUCCACAGACGCCAGAAUGACUCCUCUCCAGUAGCCGUCGGAACCAAAAUGACUCCUCCUCCACAGACACCUAAACUUCUCCACAGACGCCAGAAUGACUCCUCUCCAGUAGCCGUCGGAACCAAAAUGACUCCUCCUCCACAGACACCUAAACUUCUCCACAGACGCCAGAAUGACUCCUCUCCAGUAGCCGUCGGAACCAAAAUGACUCCUCCUCCACAGACACCUAAACUUCUCCACAGACGCCAGAAUGACUCCUCUCCAGUAGCCGUCGGAACCAAAAUGACUCCUCCUCCACAGACACCUAAACUUCUCCACAGACGCCAGAAUGACUCCUCUCCAGUAGCCGUCGGAACCAAAAUGACUCCUCCUCCACAGACACCUAAACUUCUCCACAGACGCCAGAAUGACUCCUCUCCAGUAGCCGUCGGAACCAAAAUGACUCCUCCUCCACAGACACCUAAACUUCUCCACAGACGCCAGAAUGACUCCUCUCCAGUAGCCGUCGGAACCAAAAUGACUCCUCCUCCACAGACACCUAAACUUCUCCACAGACGCCAGAAUGACUCCUCUCCAGUAGCCGUCGGAACCAAAAUGACUCCUCCUCCACAGACACCUAAACUUCUCCACAGACGCCAGAAUGACUCCUCUCCAGUAGCCGUCGGAACCAAAAUGACUCCUCCUCCACAGACACCUAAACUUCUCCACAGACGCCAGAAUGACUCCUCUCCAGUAGCCGUCGGAACCAAAAUGACUCCUCCUCCACAGACACCUAAACUUCUCCACAGACGCCAGAAUGACUCCUCUCCAGUAGCCGUCGGAACCAAAAUGACUCCUCCACAGACACCUAAACUUCUCCACAGACGCCAGAAUGACUCCUCUCCAGUAGCCGUCGGAACCAAAAUGACUCCUCCUCCACAGACACCUAAACUUCUCCACAGACGCCAGAAUGACUCCUCUCCAGUAGCCGUCGGAACCAAAAUGACUCCUCCUCCACAGACACCUAAACUUCUCCACAGACGCCAGAAUGACUCCUCUCCAGUAGCCGUCGGAACCAAAAUGACUCCUCCUCCACAGACACCUAAACUUCUCCACAGACGCCAGAAUGACUCCUCUCCAGUAGCCGUCGGAACCAAAAUGACUCCUCCUCCACAGACACCUAAACUUCUCCACAGACGCCAGAAUGACUCCUCUCCAGUAGCCGUCGGAACCAAAAUGACUCCUCCUCCACAGACACCUAAACUUCUCCACAGACGCCAGAAUGACUCCUCUCCAGUAGCCGUCGGAACCAAAAUGACUCCUCCUCCACAGACGCAGCUGAGAAAUUAA